AUGGGUUGCGUUACCAGCAAGACAAACGAUAAUGCUAUUUCUAGGAAGAAACCAGAAAAGGUUAUUACAAACAAGAGAAAGAUAGAAGAUAAUACUUCAUCUUUUUGGGAUACUCAAAGCUAAAACAACGGAUUGCAACAAAACACAGAUAAGGAUGAAUGCACAAUAUCAUCAAUAGAGAAUAUUUAUUACUACUACAAGUUCUUGAAAAAACUGGGAAAUGGUGCAUUCGGUUCAGUGAUGCUAGCUUAGUAAACAAAACCACCUUUUAACAAAGUUGCCAUUAAAAUUAUAGAUAAAAAGAGUGUGAAAGGAACUCCUUCUUUUUAUCUUAAAAGAGAAGUAGAUAUAAUUAAAUAAUUAGAUCAUCCUAAUAUUUGCAGAUUCUUAGAGACUUAUAUGGAUAAAGACCAUAUUUAUCUCGUUAUGGAAUAUCUAUCAGGAGGUACCCUAAGAGAUAAGUUUAUCAAUAAGGAGGAACUAACAGAAUACUAAAUUUCAUAAGUCAUGCAAAAAUUAUUUUAUGCAAUCAAUUAUCUGCAUACUCGUAAUAUAGUUCAUAGAGAUUUAAAGCUAGAAAAUGUUGUUUAUACUUCAACUGAUGAAAAUGCGGAGAUAAAAAUUAUUGAUUUUGGUCUUUCUAAGAAGCUUAAUGUCCGCUCUUCAAGAAAGAGACAUACAAAGGUUGGCUCUGCAUAUUAUAUGGCUCCUGAAGUUUUGUUGCAUGAAAAAUACGAGCGUGAGUGCGAUAUGUGGUCAUUAGGUGUUAUGAUGUACUUUUUGUUAAGUAGAGAACUUCCUUUUGAAGAUUUAGAUUAAAUUGAGUAAGGUAAAUUCAACUUUGAUGCGCCUGUAUGGAAUUAUGUAAGUGAUGAGGCUAAAGAUAUGAUUCGUAAUAUUCUUCUAGUAAAUACUAAAAAGCGUUUGAAAUUAAGCUAAGCACUAGACCACAAAUGGUUCUAGAUGAUGAAUAAACUAAAACAAAAUAAUGAAAAACCAAAAAAUCUUCCAGUACCCCAUAGGAGCUAUACGCAGCUAGUUGAGAAAUUGGUGCAGUUUAGAAUGGAAAAUUAAUUUAGAAGAGAAGUUCUCAUGAUUAUGGUUAAGAGAAUUAGCCCAAACGAAAAUAUUACUCCUAAAAACCUAUUUCGCAAUAUCGAUAAAGACUAAAAUGGUGUUAUCACUGCUGAUGAACUCAGACUUUGUUUAUACGAAUUAGGAUAUAAAGACAUACAAAAUGUUGACUAGCUCUUGCAUAAAAUAUGUGGGAAUAAUAAGCAAGAAAACCUUUCACUUAAGCAAGGAGUGUAGGAAACUAACUAUAUAAACUAUAGUGAAUUUAUAGCAGCCACUCUUGAUGAAUCUACUUACCUCAACAAAACUAAGUUAUAGCAAAUUUUCCACUAUUUGAAUUCCACAGAAACUGGAUAUAUCACACAAGAAGAUCUAAAAGAUAUUAUGGCCAGAGAAGGAAGAAAGUUAUCAGAAAAUAAAAUGAAAGAAAUUUAGCUUGAAAUGGAAGAAUUUUGCAGCGAAGCAGGCAAACUAAACUUUGAUGAUUUUUGUAAAGCAAUGGGAUUUGAAUAAUUUAAAACAUAGCUAGAGCUAAUAGAAGGAAACGAAAUUCAUUUAUCUCACUCAGCUAGAUCUAUUCCAGGUGAAAAGGAUGUAGAAUUACCAAAAAAAAGUAUUCCUGUUUUGCCUUUGCAAAUCUGA